UGUCAAAAAUGACAAUGGCAUGUUAUAAAAAAAGCCUCUCGCUUCCUAACACAAUGGGGUAAUCAGAAAAAAAGGUGUGCCAAUAUUUUGAUACUCGAACAUAGGCAAUAAAAACAUAGUGCAUCAUUGUCUCUCGCUACAAAUCGAUAAAUCAAUAGUAGUUUUGGCUGCUGCUACCUUUGCAUCGCGUUGCAUCUCCGAAGCGGAAAGAUGGCCAGAGCGGCAGACCCAAGGUCCAAGAUCACCGUGGACCAACUUCGCAUCCUGCUGGAGGCGGUUGAAGAUGACUCUUCGCUGUACAACGCGGGGAACUCGGACAUGAUCUCGUUCCUGAACAUCGACAAGUGGACGAACCUGGCCAGCCGGCUGAACGAGUGCCCUGACGGCGCAUACAUUCCUGUGCAGAACUGGAAAUUUGUGCUCCGUUACUGGAGUGAGAACACGAGGAAGAGGAGGGAAAUGUCCAAAGCCAAGCGUGCGUCGAGCCGCCACCUGUCCAUCAGCCGCGAGGAGGCCAAGGAGUUGGAAGAACUGGAGGAGAGACUCUUCGAGUUCAUGAAGAAAGAAUCCUCCAUGGAAUAUGUUGACGUUACCUACGUAGGGAAGUUUGGUGGUGAGCCGCCGAAUGAAGACGGGACUGCUGGCUCUGGAGGGGUGAAGUUCGUGGUACAGCUCCUCAAUGUCUUCGAGGGUAGAGAACCUGAUGAGAACACAUGCCCUAGGAAGGGACCAAAGAAGAGGACCAUUGUCAUGAAGGAUGCUGAUGAUAAUCCCCGCAACAUGGCUAAGAAAUUCAAGAUCAUCUACGAUGAAAAUGUGGAUGAAGGCGAGGACCCCGAUACUUACGUCUACGGACAUCAGCUGGGGCAGCUUCAAGAUGUGUCCCGAGACAUUCAGGACCACAUCACCACAAUCCAGAGCCGCAUCCACAUGAUCAAGGAUCUGUGGAAGCAUCGCUGCGGUGACAACUAAACAUGUUGAGUAAAUAACAAAAAAGUAAUUAGCCCGCCUUUUUUAUAAGCAAAAAUACUGGACACAUAUUUUUUCGAUUAUUCCACAAACAAAACAGACAAUAUACAAGGCAUUUUAGUUUCUUGUCACAUUACUGUUUCAUACAAUUUGACAACAGUAUGACAUCACAACCACCCACUCAAUAGUAGUCAAUUUUGAGGAUUUGUUAACCAAAAAAUAGGUCGCCGAUAUAUUUUUCUGAUAAUCUAAAAGGAGGACUAAUUACUUUUUUACUUAACAGCACUUAUGGAAUGAAAGACGGGAGGAACGGAGUGAUCAGGGAACUAGGAGGAAAAGAAGGGAAUUUGAAUGAUUUAGGAAUUUUUAUGAGGUCAGUUUAUAUGGAAUGUCACGUAAAGAAUGUAAAAGGAUGCAUGAAUGAUAUAGAGGUGGAUGCCAAAUAUGUUAAUCACAUUUUUAAUCAUGAAUUUUAAUUGUCGUUUGUAGAUGCAUUUAAUCAUUGUCAUGUUAGGCGAUAAGGUAGUCAUUAUAAGUGUUUUCACUCAAAUUAAGUGUUAUUUUGUUUUAAUUAAGUGCCAUCUAUUUAUAUGAGAAUGUUUUUCAUAUUAAUAUAAUGUAUUUUCGGGUCAGCUCUAUACAAAACUUCUGUGAUAUUUUUUGAUCGUUAUUCUUGUAUUAUUAUUUUUUAUUUACUAGAUACAUAAAAUUAUUCUAUUAUAAUAAGUGUUGGGGUACCUGGGACACUCGUUCGGCAACUUUGACAGUCAACGAGUUACUGUCGCGCCGAGACAUCGAUGUUCCAUGGUACAGCACUAUCAUCAUCAUCAGAAUAUCACCAUAUGAGAACAAACAGCGUUCAAUAAAAUUAAGUGUAAACAUACACUUGCUCAUUAAAUUAAUCAGUAUUAAUUAAUUGUAGAACUUUUAGAAAUCAAUAAAAUGAACCCAAAAA